AUGUCUUCAACUGCUACUGGCCCUCACCGGCGCAUGAGGAGAUUUGCCUCCACGUCCGUCCUGGACAGUAACUACACUGAUACUGCCAAUGUAUCCACAGCACCUCCACAUAACAGCCUCCGAACGCUCUCCAACAUUACAAACCAGCCCCUAACCACUACUCGUGCCCGAUCACACUCCCAAACCGCAUAUGACACCAAGCAGCAGCCAGGCCCGCAGCGCUUUGCAAAGAAAGCCCAGUCUCAAGCAAACAUGCAGCCAAAACAGCAUAGUACCAUUGAGAGCUUGAUCAGCAGCCCACCCGCUUCGCUCGCAGAAGCACUCGUAGAGUUGCGGUACCUUAUUCUCACAGAGGGUGUUACGGCGGAUUUGGACGGGAAUUCUCCCCUCCGAAUUUACAUCUGGUCCAUUCUUCUCGGCGUAACCCCCAUGCGUACCAGCGACUACGUCCUCCUCGUGCGGCGUGGCGCCUCCAAUAGCUACUCCAAGAUCCGAAACGACACCUUCCGGACGCUCGCAACUGACCCUCUAUUCCGCCGGCGGGUGUCAGAGGCAUCGCUGAUCCGACUGCUGAACGCGUUUCAGUGGAAGAUGAAAGAUGCGGGCGUGGAAGCACAGUAUGUCCAGGGUAUGAAUGUAAUUGCGGCGCCAUUCUUGUACGCGGCGAGGAGUGAGGUCGAAGCGUUUUCGCUCUUUGCAGUGUUUAUACAGAGGGAAUGUCCGGCGUAUGUAAGGCCGACAAUGGAGGGCGUACAUAGAGGCUUGAAGCUUGUGGAUGAGUGUUUAGAGACUGUAGACCCGAAACUAUAUCGGCAUCUUCAGGAAAAGUUCUUGACUGCGGAGCUAUACGCAUUUCCAUCUGUCCUUACAUUCUCUGCCUGUACUCCGCCUCUCCCCGAGGUGCUAAAAUUAUGGGACUUCCUUCUCGCGUAUGGCGCGCACCUCAACAUUCUCUGUGUUGUAGCUCAGCUACUCUUAAUGCGUGACGAGCUCCUGGUCGCUCAAAGCCCCAUGAAGCUUCUCCGCCAGUUCCCACCACUCAACUCGAAGACCAUCAUUAGUGUCGCGGUUAGCUUGGUGAGAAAGAUACCCGAGGAGCUUUUCGAAGCCCUGGUCAACCAUGCUAGGUAG